UCUCAGUUUCUCAUGGCAUAUCAUCCCUAUUUCCUUUGCUCUUUUCUUCUAAUGAUGAUCAUCAUGUUAUGCUGCUGUCCUAGUAUUUUAGCAGCCAAUCAGUCUCAGUUUUUCAUAGAAAUGAAGAAGUCAUUCUCAGGGGAGAUGCUGUCCAACUGGGAUAUUGCCAAUCAAACCAUUAACUUUUGCAGCUACAAAGGAGUUGGCUGUAACAGCAAAGGAAACAUUGAGAUUAUUGAUAUCUCUAGAUGGUCGCUCUCAGGUCAGUUCCCCGAAAAUCUUUGCGAAUAUCUUCCGUAUUUGCGAAUUCUUCGCGCGGAUCAUAACGUUUUCAAUUCCAGCUUUCCUGUUGGUAUCACCAAUUGCUCUCUCUUGGAAGAGCUAGACAUAAGCCAUGCUAAACUCAGGGGAGUUUUGCCGGACUUAUCGCCUUUGCGAUCUUUGAAAUUGCUACACUUGAUACAUAACUCUUUCGAGGGAAAGUUUCCCUUGUCACUCACAAAUCUCACAAAUCUUGAGGAGGUGAAUUUCAAUGAAAACACGAGGUUUGAUUUUUGGAAAUUGAAAGAGGAUUUCUCCAAGCUGAAAAAGCUUAAGGUUAUGAUUUUGACGUCCUGUAAUUUAGUUGGGACAAUUCCAGGUUUUAUUGGUAACAUGACAUCCCUGAUUGAUCUAGAAUUGAGUGGGAACUCAUUAACCGGACAGCUUCCACCUGAGUUAGGAAACCUGAAGAAUUUGCAAGGGCUUGAUCUGUAUUAUAAUGAACUUGAAGGUGAAAUACCUGAGGAGUUUGGCAAUAUGACUUCGCUGAUAGGGAUUGAUGCAUCUGUUAACAAAUUAACCAAGCUUCCAGAAUCCCUUUGCCUUCUUUCCAGGCUCGAAUACCUGGAGCUUUAUGACAACCGUUUAACAGGGGAGAUUCCUCAAGUAAUCGGCAAUUCAACAACGUUAACUGAGUUGUCCGUUUAUAAGAAUUUCUUGUCGGGAAAAGUCCCAGAAAAUCUCGGAAGAUUAUCGCCUCUUGUCGGUUUGGAGCUGUCAGAAAAUCAGCUUUCUGGAGAACUUCCAGCUUAUGCCUGCAAUGGAGGUAAAUUACUGUACUUCCUUGUACUUCAAAAUAAGUUUACUGGACAAAUUCCCAAAAGAUAUGCUAAAUGCAAGUCUCUUAUGCGCUUUAGAGUCGAUCACAACCAAUUGGAAGGGAGUAUUCCAGAAGGGCUUUUAGCCCUGCCGCUUGCUUCAAUCAUUGACCUGAGUAAUAACCGCCUGAAUGGUUCAUUUCCCAGAACAAUUGAAAAUGCCACAGAAUUGUCUAACCUGUUUAUGCAGAACAACAGGAUUUCUGGUUUUCUGCCUUCAGAUAUUUCGCGAGCGAUCAAUCUCGAAAAGAUCGAUCUCAGCAAUAAUCUCCUGUCUGGUCCAAUCCCUCCUGAAAUUGGAAACCUUAAACAGCUCAACUUGUUGCUUCUUCAAGGUAACAAGUUUAAUUCUUCCGUACCUCAAUCAAUAUCUUUACUCAAGUCACUCAAUAACCUUGAUCUUUCCAGUAACCUCUUAACAGGGAGCAUCCCAGAAAGUCUCUGUGAACUCUUGCCGAAUUCCAUGAAUUUUUCAAAUAAUAUGCUCUCUGGUUCAAUACCUCGAUCAUUUGUGUUACAAAAUCAGCUAACAAGUUUCUCUUGCAACCCAAACCUAUGUGUUCCCCCCAAUCUGAUUACUUCCAGAGGUGAAUUCUCCACUUGUCCACGAACUCACAACCCAAAAACAUCAAGCCUUGUAUUGUCCAUUGGGUUACCCGCAACAGUUGCUUUUACUGGACUUAUCCUGGUUCUGAAAAUCUGUUUCAAGAAAGAUAAAACAGAAGAGGAGAAUGGCACAUUAUUGUGCUCCUUUUUCUGGGAUGAUGUUCAAAGUUUCCAUCAUCGCGAGAUCAUUCAGUCAAUGAUUGAGAGGAACAUCGUCGGCAAAGGAGGUUUUGGGACAGUAUAUAAGGUUGAGUUGAGCAAUGGAGUAACAGUGGCAGUGAAGAAGCUUCGGAAUCGAAAAGCUAACAUCUCUAAACCUGAGUAUCAACUAACUUUAGACAAGGAGCUGAAGACAGAAGUGGACACAUUAGGAAGCAUAAGGCACAAAAACAUUGUGAAAUUUUACUGCUAUUUCUCCAGUGCGGAAGCAGGAAAUCUGCUGGUGUAUGAGUACAUGCCAAAUGGGAACCUUUGGGAAGCACUUCAUGGAGGAAACACCCUUCUGAAUUGGCCUGCUCGUUAUCAGAUUGCAUUGGGGUCGGCACAGGGUUUAGCCUACCUACAUCAUCAUCUUCCCUUCCCGAUGAUUCAUCGCGACAUCAAGUCCAGCAAUAUCUUGCUGGACAGUGAAUACCAACCAAAAGUUGCAGAUUUCGGGCUCGCAAAAAUUUUGGAGGAAAGAAGUGGGAAAGACUCCAUAACCACGGGCAUUGCUGGAACUUAUGGCUACUUGGAUCCAGAUUAUGCACAUACUUUUAAGGCUUCAACCAAAUGCGACGUUUACAGUUUCGGGGUUGUGCUAAUGGAGCUAAUAACCGGAAGAAAACCAGUGGAAGUUGGCUUAUUUGGGGAAGGCAACAAUAUCAUCCAUUGGAUACUGAAUAAGGUUGAAAACAAAGAAGCUGCAUUUGAAGUCUUGGACCAAAGAAUAUCAGAAUCAUUUGAGGAGGGAAUGAUUAAGGUGCUCCGACUUGCAAUGCAUUGCACAAAAAGCAAUAAAGCUUUACGCCCAACAAUGAAAGAAGUUGUUCAGGUGCUGAUCGAAGCUGACCCCUCUGGUUAUAUUCAAACAAAUCGCUUUGCAACAACAGUAUAAGGUGGAAGCCAACAAUCGGAGUACGGAAUACUUUCCGGAGAAGCAGGGUUCAUUGAGGUUGAAAUCAAAACCUUCACCAUUGAGUUUUCUAACGUCUAUUGAAAUGUUUGUCUUGUCUUGAAAUAUUUCCUCUCUCUUUUAUCUUUUACGCCAUUAGCCCAAACUUUGAGAGCUUUUAACAAAAAUUUCGUAUGAAAUAAAUUACUAUAUAAGAUUGCAUCAAGUUCUUC